GGCUGGGCGGGCGCAUCUGAUAUAAGUCUCCCGGCCUUGCCCGCAGGCAAGGGAACUUCUAGAAGUUGCCUGCGCGCUGAUUGGAGCUGUCAUGAACCUUGUCCUGCUGUGUGGGCUGCUGGUGAUGGCUGGUGCGCUGCCAGCCCAGGGAGGGAUCCUGAACCUGAACAAGAUGAUCCAGCAAGUGACCAGGAAGGUGCCCCUCUUCAACUACUGGCUCUAUGGCUGUCACUGCGGACCUGGUGGCAGAGGCCAGCCCAAAGAUGCCACAGACUGGUGCUGCCAGAAGCAUGACUGUUGCUAUAACCACCUGAGGAGCCACCAAUGCAGACCCAGGACGGACUAUUAUAAUUACACCUUUUCCCAGGGGAACAUCCAGUGCCCUGUGACGGGGAGCUGGUGUGAGCAGCAGCUGUGCGCCUGUGACAAGGAGGUGGCCGCCUGCCUGCAGCGCAACCGGGACUCCUACAACAAGCACCUGCGGUUCCACUGGCGGUCCCGCUGCCGGGGCCCCACUCCCGCCUGCUAGAAGCCCGGCUGCUUUCCCCCAAGCCACCGCCCCAGCGGCUGCCCUGAAGGGCCGUUGCGAUCUUUCUGUCCACACGACACUCUUAAAACCCCCAAGGUCCUCCACUGCCCCAGGAUGAACCCCUCGAGCCAGCCGUCUGGCCCGGCGUCACUCUCCCCGACUGCGCCCUGAGAUCCCCUAGAGUCCAGCCUGCCUUGGGCUCAGCUGCACCUGCGUCCAGAGCAGCCUGGCCGGCUGUUUCCUGCCCCAGGCACUUGCUCAGCAUCCUCCUGCAGAAAUGGCCCUGUGGUCCCCUCCUGGUGGAUGGCCCUUCAGGGAGAAGGGGCUGCUUCCUAGGAGGGUCUUCCCGGCCGGUCUCGCCUCCCCGCCAGGGCUCACCUGCUCUCCUGAUUCCCUGGCUCACCUGCUCAUCUGCUCUCCUGAUUCCCCUGGCACUUUCUGGAGCUGCCCACCCCCAGCUGGACGGCAGCACCUUAAGGACAGAGACCACGUCAGUCUCACCUUGGUCUCCUCGGCUUCCCACAUACUAGGUGCUCAAUUAAUGCUGGGGAUCAGACGAGCUGAUCCAACCACACGGGUUGGUUGGAUGCUGGUGUCCCAGCCAGAUCCCUUUGGACUCAGGACCCCCACUCCCAACUAAGCCAGGCGCUGGCUUCCAAACGCUCACAUCUGCCCUCCGUCUCUUUUCUGGGAGCUUCCUUGCCCUGACCGUCCCCCACCCCAUACACACACCAGGGGGCCACCUGUGACUGAUCAGAGAGUUCAACACCCUGGGCAUAACCGCCAGCCCCCAGCCUCUGUGCAGGGCCAUCUGGAUGGCACAGCGCCCAGAGUUCCUCCUGGGAUCAGAAUGGCCCAAUGCCCCAGAGACUUCCGGAACCGCCUCUUGUCCUUAUCCCGUCUCCUGGCCGGGCCUGUUUUCCUGGUUCCCCUACAGGUUUCUCUGGAGAGGACUCAGUAAUAAACUUGCAUAAGAAUCCUGGUCUGGGCUCCGCUUGGAGGGAAACACACAUUUAGGCAGAAAACUUUUUCUUAUGAGGAUCCACAAUCUGUCAUUCAUGUAUGAUUAGCUGUGUGUCCAGACACGGCACCUGGUGCCACCCAGACUCUGGCCUGUGACACACACUUGUUCAGUGACUGAUGGUACAGACUUCCUGAAACUCAGUGGCUGCAGCGAGGCAGUGUGAGCGGGAUUGAGAAUUUUGGGCUCUGGGUUCAAAUUCUGACAGCCACCAUGGAGAGGGCCAGGGGGUUGCUAAAUCUCCAUUCUUUACCGCUCAAAUCUACUGUGAACCUAAAACUGUUGUUAAAAAAAAGGUCUAUUAAAAAUAUUCCAGUGCUC